CUUUAUUUGAUUUUGGUUGGUUUUCCCUUUUAAAUUAAAUAUUUCGAAAAUUUUUGUUUUAUUAUUUCGUGUAUCUAAAAUUCGGCGACUUGUCCUAUAAAUUGGUAUUUGCUUUCUAUUUGGCAAAUAUGAUUUCUGAUAAAAUGCGCGCUCAAAUGUAUCGCGAUCAUCGCCAACGCUUACGAUACGUUCGAUGUCGUGUUAAUAGCGGUUCAGUUCGUUUGCCAUCGCGUAUCAGUGCAAAUAGUGUCAACUCAGAUUCGUACCGUUCGUUGAACAACAGAAAUAUGUGUAGGUCACAAUCUAAUCCAAAUUUUUUACACGCACAACAGCUUCCACAAUUUGAGAAAAGAAAUAUCCGACAGCAUGCUCAUCGUCUAUCCACCAAAUCAAUCAUAGAUGAGCGUAGAAGUAUUAUAAAGUCGAAAUCUUUGGCAAUAAACGAAAAGCUGAAUAAUCAACGUUGUAGUCCAAUGACCUAUCCAUCGAUUGCUCUAAAGUUAAAAGGUCUUCGACCAGUGGGACGUGUACUUAUUCAAUUAUAUACGGAAGCAUCGCCUCAAGUUGUAUUGGAGUUCAUCCGCUUAGCUAGAAACAAUAACGCAGAUAGCCUUUUCAUCACUCGUGUCUUUCCAUCUCUAUGGUUGGAGGGAGAGUUAAGGUUACCGCCAGAUUCUCAUACACACAGAAAACAUGAAUUCGAUACACGAAGUUUAAAUCACACAAACCAUGGCGGUAUUGUUUCUUAUUCGCGUGAAAAUAUAAGUGGUAUCGAAAGUGACCGACUGAGCUUUGCAAUCUCCUUUCGACCAUUGCCUGCAGCUAAUAGCAAACGCAUCGCUUUUGGACGAAUUGUGGGUGGCUUAAAAUAUCUUUACGAACUUCAAGACUAUGGCACAAAGAAUGGAAAGCCGACAAGAAAAGUUUUCAUUAGCAAGUGUGGAUUAUUCUCAAAGACUUUGCCCUCGCGAAGAUAUUGA